UGUCCCCACACUCGCCUCUGAGACACCAUGUUCAACUCGAUGACCCCACCGCCAGUCAGUAGCUAUGGCGAGCCCUGCUGUCUCCGGCCCCUCCCCAGUCAGGCCCCCAGCAUGGGGACAGAAGGACUGCCCGGUCUGCCCUUCUGCCAUCAGGCCAACCUCAUGUCUGGCCCCCACAGUUAUGGGCCAGCCAGGGAGACCAACAGCUGCACUGAGGCCGCACUCUUUCCUCCUCCCCGAAGUGCAGUCAAGUUGACCAAGAAGCGGGCACUCUCCAUCUCACCUCUGUCCGACGCCAGCCUGGACCUGCAGACAGUUAUCCGCACCUCCCCCAACUCCCUUGUGGCCUUCAUCAACUCACGCUGUGCAUCUCCCGGGGGCUCCUAUGGUCACCUCUCCAUCAGCACCAUGAGCCCAUCUCUGGGAUUCCCACCCCAGAUGAAUCACCAAAAAGGGACCUCGCCUUCCUUCGGGGUCCAGCCCUGUGGUCCCCAUGACCCCACCCAGGGUGGGAUGAUGCCGCAUCCUCAGUCCCGGGGACCCCUCCCAACUUGCCAGUGCAGUCUGAGGAGGAAGUCUCUUCUAAACCCAGGGGUUCCAGCUGCUUGGGUGGGGGCACUCAGGGCAGGAAGACCUGGCUGGGCUCCCUCUUCCUUCUGCCCACUUCUACCUUCAUCACCCUCACCUCUUCCCUUGGGGAAGCUGAAGUCUGAGCUGGACCUGAUGGUUAGCAAGUGCCCAGAGGAGCCCUUGGAGGGUGAUAUGUCCAGCCCCAACUCCACAGGCACACAGGAUCCCCUGCUGGGGAUGCUGGAUGGGCGGGAGGACCUGGAGAGAGAGGAAAAGCCUGAGCCUGAAUCCGUGUAUGAGACUGACUGCCGCUGGGAUGGCUGCAGCCAGGAAUUUGACUCCCAGGAGCAGCUGGUGCACCACAUCAACAGUGAGCACAUCCAUGGGGAGCGGAAAGAGUUCGUGUGCCACUGGGGGGGCUGCUCCAGGGAGCUGAGGCCCUUCAAAGCCCAGUAUAUGCUGGUGGUCCACAUGCGCAGACACACGGGCGAGAAGCCACACAAGUGCACGUUUGAGGGGUGCCGGAAGUCAUACUCACGCCUUGAAAAUCUGAAGACACACCUGCGAUCACACACGGGUGAGAAGCCAUACAUGUGUGAGCACGAGGGCUGCAGUAAAGCCUUCAGCAAUGCCAGUGACCGAGCCAAGCACCAGAAUCGGACCCACUCCAAUGAGAAGCCGUAUGUGUGUAAGCUCCCCGGCUGCACCAAACGCUACACAGAUCCCAGCUCACUUCGGAAACAUGUCAAGACGGUGCACGGUCCUGAUGCCCAUGUGACCAAGCGGCACCGAGGAGACGGCCCCCUGCCCAGGGCAUCAUCCCUUUCCACAGUGGAGCCCAAGAGGGAGCGGGAUGGAGGCCCCAUCAGGGAAGAGAGCAGACUGACCGUGCCGGAGGGCACCGUGAAGCCACAGCCCAGCCCUGGAGCCCAGUCGUCCUGCAGCAGCGACCACUCCCCAGCAGGCAGUGCAGCUAAUACAGAUAGUGGUGUGGAAAUGACUGGAAAUGCGGGGGGCAGCACUGAGGACCUGUCCAGCUUGGAUGAGGGGCCUUGCAUUGCUGGCACCGGUCUGUCUACUCUUCGCCGCCUUGAGAACCUCAGACUGGACCAGCUACAUCAGCUUCGACCAGUAGGACCCCGGGGCCUCAAACUGCCCAGCCUGACCCAUACUGGCACCCCUGUGUCCCGCCGUCUGGGGCCCCCAGUUUCUCUUGACCGCCGCAGCAGCAGCUCCAGCAGUGUCAGUUCAGCUUAUACUGUCAGCCGCCGUUCCUCCUUGGCCUCCCCUUUCCCCCCUGGCUCCCCACCAGAGAAUGGGGCAUCUUCUUUGCCCGGCCUCACGCCUGCCCAGCACUACCUGCUCCGGGCAAGAUAUGCUUCAGCCAGGGGAGGUGGUACCCCACCCACGGCAGCACCCAGCCUGGAUCAGAUGGGGAAUCUUCCCACACCUUCCUGGAGAAGCCGAGCUGAGUAUCCAGGAUACAACCCCAAUGUAGGGGUCACCCGGAGGGCCAGUGACCCAGCCCGGGCUGUUGACCGUCCUGCCCCAGCCAGAGUCCAGCGGUUCAAGAGCUUGGGUUGUGUCCACACACCCCCCACUGUGGCAGGGGGAGGACGGAACUUCGAUCCCCAACUCCCACCCACUGUCUACUCACCACAGCCCCCCAGCAUCACUGAGAAUGUUGCCAUGGACACCAGAGGGCUACGGGAGGAGCCAGAAGGUGGGACCUCCAUGAUAGGCAGUGGUCUAACCCCCUAUAUGGACUUCCCACCUACUGAUACUUUGGGAUAUGGGGGACCUGAGGGGGCAGUGGCUGAGCCUUAUGGAGCUAGGGGUCCAGGCUCCCUGCCUCUUGGGCCUGGUCCACCCACCAACUAUGGGCCAAACCCCUGUCCCCAGCAGGUCUCCUAUCCUGAACCCACCCCUGAACCGUGGAGUGAGUUCCCUUCCCACUCUGGGCUGUACCCAAGCCCCAAGGCUCCAGCUGGAGUCUACAGCCAGUGUCCUCGUCUUGAACAUUAUGGACAAGUGCAGGUCAAGCCAGAACAGGGGUGUCCAGUGGGUUCUGAUUCCACAGGACUGGCACCCUGCCUCAAUGCCCACCCCAGUGAGGGGCCUCCUCGCCCACAGCCUCUGUUCUCCCACUACCCCCAGCCUCCCCCUCCCCAGUAUCCCCAGUCAGGUGCCUAUACCCAGCCACCCUCUGAUUAUCUUUCUUCAGAACCCAGAUCUGGCCUGGAUUUUGAUUCCCCCACUCACUCCACAGGACAACUCAAGGCUCAGCUUGUGUGUAAUUAUGUUCAGUCUCAACAGGAACUGCUAUGGGAGGGUGGGGGCAGGGGAGAUCUCCCAGUCCAGGAACCUCUCUACCAGAGUCCCAAGUUUCUGGGGGGUUCCCAGGUUAGCCCAAGUCCUGCCAAGGCCCCAUUGGCCACAUAUGGACCUGGCUUUGCACCUAACUUGCCCAGUAACAAGUCAGGUUCCUAUCCCACCCCUCCACCGUGCCAUGAAAAUUUUGCAGUGGGGGCAAACAAGGCUUCCCAUAGGGCAGCAGCACCACCCCGACUUCUGCCCCCACUGACUACUUGCUAUGGGACCCUCAAGGCAGGGGGCACGAACCCCAGCUGUGGUCAUCCCGAGGUGGGCAGGCUGGGAGGGGGUCCUGCCUUGUACGCUCCUCCUGAAGGGCAGGUGUGCAACCCUCUGGACUCUCUUGACCUUGACAACACUCAGCUGGACUUUGUGGCUAUUCUGGAUGAGGCCCAGGGGCUGAGUCCUCCUCCUUCGCAUGACCAAGGGGACAGCUCUGAACAUACCCCACCUCCCUCUGGGCCCGCCAACAUGGCUGUGGGCAACAUGAGUAUCUUACUGGGAUCCCUGCCUGGGGAGACACAAUUCCUCAACUCUAGUGCCUAAAGAGUGGGGAAUCCCAGUAAUCACAGAUCCAUUUCCUAAAGGGUUUCCAUCCCCACAGAGAAGUAGGGAGGAGGAGCCAUAGCCCCUGGGAUGCCCCAGGGAUGGGGGGUAUGGGUGGGGGCUGUACAUCUUCUGUAUGUGUUUGGGGGAGGAAUUUGAUAAUGACACUG